AUGGCACGAGAUACAAUCGCAUUGGUCAAGCAUCUUGGAAUUAAACAAUUUAAUCUAUUGGGGUGGUCUAUGGGUGGCAUUAUCGCACUUUGCGUCGCCUUGAAUAUUCCAUCGGAUCUUAAGCUAGAGAAAUUGAUCAUUUGUUCAAGUUUUGCUCGACCCAUAGCAAAUCAAAUCUUCGAAGAUUUUUAUAACUUACCAGAAUUAGACCCCCCGAAAAGCGUCCAAGAACAAAAGGACAUGAUCACUGCGACCUUUUCUGAUUACCUACUUGAGCAUCCUGACAAGCUUGAUAAGCUUGCGAAAUUAAACAUUCAUCGUCCAUUUGAGAUUUACACCCAAACUUUGCUGGUUCAUGGUGAAGCCGAUGACAUAGUUCCUAUUCGGGAAAGUGAAUUACUUGAGCGUGAAAUUCCUGGUGCACAAUUUUAUAGGAUUCCUAAAGUUAGACAUGCGUAA